AAUAGUUUCCAUCACAUUACAUGAGAGAGAAUAUAAAACGGUACGCUACUGCCCUCUUCUCGUCUCAACCGAAGUUUCCUUUAAGAUUCCCCAAAGCGAAGAGUGAGGUAUAUACAAUCAUCAUCAAAGCCCUUCACUAUGCCUCUUAGGACCAAACCUCUCUUCCUUCUUCUUCCUCUCAUUCUCAUCUCUCUCUCUCCUUCCAAAGGAAUGCUCAUCAAACACCCGAGUGAGCAUGGAGGCGAGAUACUCUACAAGAUUGAGAAAGUGGAAAUGAAGAUGAAUAAUAGGAAGCUGAUGUUGGAGUCGACGCUUGACUACGACGACGCAGGACCCAAUCCCAAACACGACCCUAGAAGGAAGCCCGGAGGCAAGGCCUGAUACAUUCUCUCUCUUAUAUAUAUAUAUAUAUAUAAGCAUGCGUGACAUGCAACUUAAAUCUAUGCAUUAUUAAUAUAUAAUAUAUAUGUAUAUCUUUUUUUUCCUUGAUGAGGACGAGAUCAACGUACCAUCCCUUUAAGAACGUGUUCGUGCAGGGGAUGGUUGAUGACAAGCAUGCCCUAUGUUUGUUAUUAAGUUAUAUAGUUAUACUUUAUGAUAUGAUAUGAAGGGUUUCUUUUCUUGUGUUCGUGGGACUCUAUGGAUAUGUUAAAUAAAGACAUUAUGGGUGUUUUCUUAUAAA